CGAAAGUUGCAAAGAUGCCUUGGAUGGUGGCUAACUAGCAAGCGCAUAUUUUGUCAAUAAUAAAUAGUAUUAAAAUUUUAUGUUCGGUUCGAAUGUGGAUCACCAUUAGAAAUCUCCCAUUGAACUGGCAUGGGGAUGAAAAAGGAAAUGGCCCAUGAAGACUGUUGGCUACUGAGAGAAUGGCUGCUCCACCCGGGACAUCAUCAGCGGCUGGAACUCAGAUAACACCUCCAAACUGGCCAGUCUUUUAUUACCUUGGUGGACCUUGUGCUGCUUAAUCUAUCCACUGAUCCAAGUUGCUGCAUCUGACAUGCUGUUAGAUGAGCCAUGAUCCCCAUCACUGAGCUGCGGUACUUUGUGGACACACAGCCAGCAUACCGCAUCCUGAAACCAUGGUGGGAUGUGUUCACCGACUACAUCUCCAUUGUUAUGCUCAUGAUUUCGGUGUUUGGCGGCACUCUCCAGAUCACCCAGGACAAGAUGAUCUGCCUCCCCUGCAAGUGGAUCAUCAAUGAAACCUGUAAAAAGAACUUCAGCUCCACCCUGUCCACAUCCUUCCUAUUGGAGCCUAAAGGGAUCCAGUACAAUCUGGACCGCCAUCAGUACAAUUACGUUGAUGCAGUGUGCUAUGAAAAUAAGUUACACUGGUUCGCCAAGUACUUCCCCUACUUGGUAUUACUCCACACUCUUAUUUUUCUAGCCUGUAGCAACUUUUGGUUUAAAUUUCCUCGGACUAGCUCCAAACUAGAACACUUUGUGUCCAUCUUGCUUAAAUGUUUUGACUCUCCAUGGACAACCAGGGCACUGUCGGAGACGGUGGUCGAAGAAAGCGAUCCCAAACCAAUGAAGAUGAAUGGAUCGUUUGACCACAAGGAGUCUGUGAUAAGUGAGGAUGUAGAAGCAAGCGUUCCAAUGAUUCAGAAAACAAAGACGCGUUUUGAGCAAGGCAUCGUUGAUAGAACUGAAACAGGGGUUUUGGACAAGAAAGAAGGAGAACAAGCAAAAGCCCUGUUUGAAAAAGUAAAGAAGUUCCGUAUCCAUGUGGAAGAAGGAGACAUUGUGUACAGAUUAUACAUCCGUCAGACUAUCAUCAAAGUCAUCAAGUUUAUUUUAAUAAUCUGCUACACGGGGUAUUAUGUUCAAGACAUUCAGUUUAAUGUGGACUGCUCUGUGAAUAUAGAAAACCUGACUGGUUACAGAGUGUACCACUGUGCUCAUCCAUUGGCAACACUUUUUAAAAUCUUGGCAUGUUUCUACAUUUGCUUAGUGAUCGUGUAUGGACUAAUCUGCAUGUACACACUCUGCUGGAUGGUGCGGCGCUCUCUGAAGAAGUACUCCUUCGAAUCUAUCAGGGAAGAGAGCAGUUACAGCGAUAUACCCGACGUGAAGAAUGACUUUGCAUUUAUGUUGCACAUGAUAGACCAGUAUGAUCCUCUGUACUCCAAACGUUUCGCUGUGUUCCUCUCAGAAGUCAGUGAAAAUAAGCUGAGACAGCUCAACCUGAACAAUGAGUGGACUCUUGACAAGCUCAGGCAGAGGAUAACCAAGAACUCUCAGGAGAAGUUGGAGUUGCACCUUUUCAUGCUGAGCGGCAUUCCAGAUACAGUGUUCGAUCUGAUGGAGUUGGAGGUUCUCAAACUGGAGCUUAUCCCAGAUGUUACCAUCCCACCAAUCAUUGCGCAACUCGUCAACCUCAGAGAGAUGUGGCUCUAUCACACUCCGGCCAAAAUCGAAGCUCCCGCCUUGGCUUUUUUGCGAGAGAACCUCAAGUCUCUUCACAUCAAGUUCACCGACAUUAAAGAAAUUCCUUUAUGGAUUUACAGUUUGAAGAACCUCAGUGAGCUUCAUCUCACAGGGAACCUUAGUGCUGAGAAUAACCGAUAUAUUGUCAUCGAUGGGCUUCGCGAGCUCAAGAGGCUCAAAGUUCUCCGCCUGAAGAGCAAUCUCACCAAGCUACCUCAAGUUGUGACUGACGUGGGUUUACACCUCCAGAAGCUCUCUAUCAACAAUGAAGGCACCAAGCUGAUGGUGCUGAACAGCCUGAAAAAAAUGGUGAACCUCACCGAGCUGGAGCUCAUUCGCUGUGACCUGGAGCGCAUCCCCCACUCCAUCUUCAGUUUGCACAACCUACAGGAGAUUGAUCUGAAGGACAACAACCUAAAGACCAUUGAGGAAAUAAUCAGCUUCCAACACCUUCAUCGGCUGGUGUGCUUAAAGCUCUGGUACAACCAGAUUGCCUACAUUCCCAUUCAGAUUGGCACUCUGACCAACUUGGAAAAGCUGCAUCUGAACAGAAACAAGAUUGAAAAGAUUCCCAGUCAGCUGUUUUAUUGCCGGAAGCUACGAGUCUUGGACUUGAGCCACAACAACUUGACGUACAUUCCAACAGAUAUUGGUUACCUUCAGAAUCUACAGCACAUGGCAGUGACAGCCAACCGGAUCGAGACACUGCCAAAUGAGCUGUUCCAUUGCAAAAAGCUUCGCACCUUGAACCUGGGGAACAACUGCCUCCAGUCCCUUCCAUCACGCUUCGGAGAGCUGACCGCACUGACUCAGCUGGAGCUCAGAGGAAACCGUCUGGAGUGUUUGCCCGUGGAGCUGGGAGAGUGCAGGCUGCUGAAGAGAAGCGGUCUUGUGGUCGAAGAGGACCUCUUCAACACGCUGCCCACCGAGGCUAAGGAGCGGUUGUGGAAAGCUGACAAAGAACAAGCAUGAACUCGUUUGUGAGGAAACCAAACGAUACUGUGCGCUUUGGUCAGGAUACAGAGUGGAAGCCCAUGGUGUCCCUGAGGCACAGAGAACAGGAUGUGGUGCCGCUUCAGUGUAUUGCCAGUAAAGUUAGGUAUUAAACCAGUGCCAGUUUAGCAGACCAAAUGCUGACUCUGGCAUCUGCUGCUUGUUUUUUUAUUUCUCUUUUGUAAAACUUCCGAGGCCAGUGCCAUUAUGAUCUUGAUCUUUUGUUUACAGUAUCAUUUUGUGGUAUUAAUGGUUUAGAGAAAAAAAAUGUAAAAGAAAACUACUGGCCAACUGAACAUAUGCGGACUGCUCUGAAUUCCAAAAUAGGUCCCUAUUUAUACUUUUUUAAAAUAUCAUAUUUACUCUUGGGGGUUUAUAUGAACAUUCAAAGUUAAAUUGCCAACUUUACAAAGUAAACCCUUUUCUACAAGGUAUAGCAGUGUAUCUCUAUUACAACACUGAUGUUAACCUAAUUAUGACAUGGAUCAAAGUAUUUCUGCUCUGCAUUAUGGGCCAUGGUUCUCAGAUACCUGUGCUGGUUUGGUUGAUAAAGUCUUGAAAAUGAAACACAUUAGUGUUAACUGAAAGUGCUGUAGUCGGAUAUAAAGUUGCCUUUAGGGAAAUGUUGCUGGCAUUACUGCAGCAAAAUCACUGUGCAUGGUCAGACUUGGAUUGAGGUUUGAAAAUAAUUUGGAUUUUUGACCUCAUUCUGAAGCUAUUUGUGUUCACAUCUACAAGUUUAAGGAUAAAUCUUUCCACAAAAUGCUACUUAAAGAGGCAUCAUUAGGGAAUAUUUUGUACAACUAAGACUCAGGGCGUGUUGAAGGUUUUUUAGGUGGAGUGGAUCAAGUUCUGUUCAGUGUGCCGUGUUUGUAUUUUAAAAAGAAAAGAAAAACAAACUUCAAAUGUAAGUAGGCUUUCAACAAAAAUUGUUUAAAAAUUUGUGACUUUUGAAGUUGGAUUUAUUGGAGAGAAUGAGAACAUUAAGUAUCUUACUUGCUCAUGGUGCUGCUAACAUUUUAGAGAAGAAGCUUGGCUUAUUUAUUUGGGGUGACUUGUGUCCAGUAGGAAGAGUAGUUGUCUUGUAAUCCGAAAGUUGCGGUUUUGAUUCCAGGAUCUGCCACUUAAAUGUGCCCAAGGGCAACACACUUAACCACAAACACUUUGAGUAGAAGGUAUAACUUGAAAAGCACUGCAUAAAUUCAAUUCAAUUACAAUUAAGCUAACAUCCAUCAGGGCUGGGCCGAGAAAAUAUUUUGGGAAGAUCAGUAUUUUUUAGCAGUCUAUAAUGAUAUUUUAACCUUUGCACACUGUCACUUUUAUGAAAAACUUCCUUUACAUAAAAAGCCAUGGUAAGUGGCCCGGUGUUUUUGUGGCCUGUUGCCUGUUGCAUUGUUGGUGAAACAUUUUGCAAACUAGUUCUGUGGAUCAAGAUUCCUAGUUAAAUAGCAUUUUAAUGCAAAGAAGGGCACAGUCUAAUUUCUAAAUUUGAGUUUGUAUAAAUCAUUAACAUUGUUUAACUGCUCACGGCUAGUCAAACAUAUAUUUCAAUUCUAGUUAUUCAGACAAUAUUUAACCAUUUGUUGAGAAAGAUUUUUUUAAACCACUAAGUUGGUUAAUUUAUUUUAAGGAAACAAAAAAUUAAGAUCAGAUUUAACUGCUUGAAAAACUGAGUUGUUACAAUACAAAACUUAUCACGUCUCUCAAAACUGUUUAAAGUUCCUGAUAUGAGCUUCAUAUCUUUUUUACCAUAUAAUAUGUUUCCCCUUGGAAAAUCCUGACAAACCUCAUGAUGUAAAUGCAGUUUUGCACAGAUUUAGAGAAAAUGUCAUUUUUAAAUGAAAUGUUUGAAGAUAUAAUAUCAUUAGAUUCACUGAAGUCAGUUAAUGGGGUGAUUUUUCCUUUUUUUUUAACCUAUGCAAAUUUCUCAUGAUUUGAAAUUAAAUUAAAGUCAAUUAAUUUUUUUAACAAAACAUUACAAUUUAUUAAUUAAAAGUGGAGAAAGAAAGGAAGAAAACAUUGCUUCAAAUGAAUUAAUAAAGAAAUUGUAGAAUGAGCUGUUCUUAACAGUCAGGGUUUGUCUUUGUGUGGUUUGGUGUUAUGUAGUAUUUAAGUAUCUACAGCAGGCCACAAUGACAUAUUUAUGGUAUAAUCAAGAGUAAAAUACUAUGGCUUAAUAUUAUUAUGGUAUUAAUACAAACCUUUAAACAAAAAGUUCUCAGCAUGAUUGCUUUUAUUUAAAACGUUCUCCAGACAGUUUGAGGUUUGCAUGAAAGAGUUACCUUAGUAAGAGUGAUUGGGGCUCAUCUUUAGUCCCCACAUGUUGACCUUGACCUUUUGUGUUUUUUGUGGCCAUUAAUAUGAGAGAACGGUAAUUUUUAUUUUUAUUUUUUUCUGCAAGCAUUAAAUAAUGUAGGAGCAAUCUAUCAUCCAAUUGGAGAAAAACUGCAAUCAUUUUUAUAUUCACUAGCAUAAAUGACUUACGGUAGAUGACUGCUCCUAGGACUGACUCUUGAAAGCUUUUCUGUACCUUGAUACCAUCACACAGGCCCAGUCCUGAUUCAUACAGAUAGAAUUAGGACAGAUAGAAGUUUUGUUUUAUGUCACCCUUUAGUCCAAAUAUUUAUUUUUAGUCAUCACCACUCCAUUUAUUUUCUUAUAUAAGGGGAUACUCCUCUUUGUGUUGCUCUUCUGUGUAACUCAUGUCAUUUUUACUCAUUCAACAAUAACUACAUUUGGCACCAGUAGUUACUUUUGCAGCUAAACUACUGUAGACAUUUUCCUAAUAUUGUAUUUUUGCUUUGUUACAAUACCGGUCAUAACUUUAUUUUCAUAUAAGCUAACAAGUAAAGGUUUGGAAAUCUAACUUGAGCAUGUUGACCUAAAAUGUGCAAAAUUCAUUUAUUGUUCACUUUUUUUGUCACAUGGAUGUUUAUUUACCCAAUUAUGUUGUUUUAAUUUAAAGUUUUUUUUCUCAACUGUUGUAAGUGUUCAAAUUGAAGUAAAAAGUGUUUUAUUUUAUGUUUGAAGGUCACUUUUCUAGGGUUUCUAAUAUUAAAACAAGAAAAAAGCCUUUGUUGUUAUUUGGUGUAUUAUGAAGUGAUGCUAUCAGGGAAGACUGUUUUUCUUCCCUGAAUAAAAGUGUGGAAAAAACACUCAGACAAGUAGCAGUCUACACUAUUUUAACUCUGCUGAGAAGUAUGAAACAUAUUUUUAAGCCACGUGCAUCUAAUUCAGUAGCAUGUGUAGUUAUGAUAAAUUGUGCAAUAUUGCCUUCAUUUAAACAAAAUGUGGGUUUUACAGGUUUGGUGGCAUCAGCAUCCUUUUUGAUGCACAGUUUUUUUACUACAGGGAUUUAAAAUAUUGUAGGUGAAGUAGGUCAUUUAAAAUUAUGUUUUUCUGGAGAAUGCUUUUGCACUCUAGCACCUUUUCCCACAAUGUUACACUUUGCAAAUGCAAUAAUGGCACAAAACUACCAUAUGAGAUGCAUUGUGUGUGUUCGUCUUGCUCUUGGGUGAUUGCAUACCAUGAAAACAAAGUGUGUAAAUUAGGAUUUAUUAUCUUUAAAACAUACUCUUCUGUAAGGUAUGUCCGAAACCUGUUGGACAUAGUCCUCUUACUAAGACAAUCAACAUUUUUGACCAAGUGUAAAAUAAAAAGUGAAGUUGUAGUGAGUAAACAUUUCCCAUUGUUUGCUUGGAUAGUUAUUUGUGUAUAGACCGUGUUUGUCUCAUUCUCUUUUUUUAAACUGCUUUUUAAACUUUUCUUCUAUUAUGUCAGGUGUUAUAUUGAAAUAGUUUCUCAGGAAUCCAGCUAGAACUCUUCUUUUUUCUAUUGGUUGCCUAUUGUUUUUUUUUGUUUUUGUUUUUCUUUUUUUGUAAUAUACAUGAUUUUUGUUUAGAUCUGAACUGUUAGGAACAUUUUAUGUGCUGUUUUUAUUAUUUUUAAAAGAUGUUUUGAAAAAAUAAAAUCCUUGGCUUAAUAAUGAACUAAAAUUUUACCAUUGAUCAUGUAUAAACUAGCUACUUUUUAGAUGUGUUGUAUUACAAAGGACAAGUCUGUGUGUUUGAACUAUAGGGCUUUCUUCAUGCUGUUGUUCAUGAUAGUUCUUUUUUUUAUGGGUACAAAAAUCAUCAUCAGUGUUUCUCUUUUCCAAUAAAAUGUGCUCAUUCA